ACUGGUGGAAGCCCUGCUGCUGUCUAGACUUCUAAGCUCUGCAGCGCAUGUGAAGGAGGUUAUCAUUCGAUCGAUUCAUUUUGCAUUGGGAGCACAAGCAGCCGAGUACUUGGUCGGCAUUCAGAAGGGGACGUUCGAGAGCGCCUUUCUCGUCCAGAAGAAGACACUGGUCUUCGGGAGAGCGCGCUGCGGACAGGAACCCUUCCGAUCAGCAUCAUUGGCUCUGGCAAUAGCAAUGUCGGUGCAAAAUUUGAAGGCCUACUUCAAAGCGCGACUUGUUAUUUGCGACACCUUUGGAGAUGCAGAAACACUGGAGAAAUAUUUUUCUGGCCUGCUGGGCUAUUGCGCAGAUUACGGGAAUCCGCUACAGUUUGACAAAAAGGUGAUGAAAAUCAACAUGAAGACGGACAAAAAGGACAUCAUUGUCACUGAGCUGAGGGUGAAAACAAGUUUUUGGAAGCUUGUGCCAUGGGUGAUCUGCGGAGCAGCUUCAACUGAUCCAGAGGUUGCAAGGGGCAGCACCGAACGAUUGCCCAACUACUUGCAAAGAGCCCCGCAGCUGGUGUUUUCCAGGGGUUCCACUUCUCGAGCUGUCAUCGACAUGGACAAGAACAACAAACAGAAGACCAGCGGACCCAAGCAGAACGUAGAGCCAAUUCCACUGAAACAUUUUCGAGAGGACCUGCCUCACAAAUGUGAGCUGGUUGUGAAGCCAGUGCCAUCGACUGACCAUGCAUUGCUGACUUUGUUUGAGGAUGAGAAGGUUGCAAUGCUUGCCCAGGAGCAUAUGCUACAAUGGAUGGGCCACAACAGUUUUGUCAAUUUGACAAACCAUCCAUGUGCCGAACAAUUGACAGAAGAAGAACUUGAUGUUGUGAUGCAAGCCUUUGAGGCUUCAGCUAUAUCUGGAAGUGGACGUGGUCUCAUCUGUGAAGGUUUCACGGAAGGUGAGUCAAAUGCUGCUGAAUCAUUGGUAUCGAAAGGGAUGCUACGAAACAUGAAUGCAUCCGAUGAUGGUUCUCCAAUGGUGCAGCUCUCUACAAAGAUGGUCUCUUGGACUUUGACCCUGCAAAAACCAGAGAAAGUCUUCAAGAUCCGUGAGGGAGUUUCAUUUGACAUUGCAAACAUCAUUGCCCUGGGCAAGGGGGGUCGGCCAACUACAUUCGAAGUUGAAUCAAAACUGCUCGCAUGUGGCUGGAAGUUCUUCAAUGGUCGCCUCAAGGCACUUUGUCCAUCCACAAGCGAGCUUCUCUUCAACAUGAAGCGCCGAUUUUGGUACCAUGUGGCCCUUUUAAAUGCCAAACACAUAUUUGAGAAAGGCACCAAGUGCAUUUACCACAAGCAGUCUGAGAGCUACUAUCAUGCGUUGCUUCACUGCCCCACUGGCACUACAGUAGACCCCAACAAGGCAGCAGCACACUACAAAGAAUUGGUUGGUAAGGGCACUUUGUCUACUCCAAGAUUGGCCAUGCUGGAAUUUGAGCAGGACGAAGACGAUGAAAAAACAAACGGAGAUGAUGCUGCCGCUUCCGGUGACGGCGAAGGUGAAGAGAUUGAAAACCAAGAUGAUAAUGAUGCUGAGCCUGGUGGGGCUUCACCUGAUCAAGACCUCGAGGAAAAUGACACUGACAAGGAUGCGAAACACACCGGUGGAAAUCAGGAUCCUUCCCAAGGUAUAUUGCCCAGCGUCGCAAAAUACAUGAGCCGCCGGGUGAACAUUGAUGAAGUUGCUGCUGAAGAUCGACUGAAACUUCAGAGCAUCCGAAGUGCACUGCUAAAGAUAGAGGAGGUGAGACCAGCAAAGGUCAUUUGGGGUGAGACAGACAUGCCUUACAAAUCCCAUUACAAUGCCGAGCGGGCCAUUGCAAAUUUGUACUGGGACCAAUUAGUGGAGAUGGUGAACAAGAGAAAAGAAAUCGAUCUUGCGAAGGCACCGACAUCCAAGAGUUCCAAGAUGGUCAAGUGA